AUGGAUUUACGUUUUGGUGGAGAUGAAAUGUCAGAAGUGUUUUCCCCUGGAGAUGAUCCGAAUAAGGAAUUUUGGACAUUCCGUAAGUUACAAUUCAAUGAUACCAUUAGCAUACGGAUGAAGCACACCUCUUAUGCCUAUAGUUUCUUCUUCAGAAGCCAGUGCGUAAUUAACUUCACAUUUUUGGAUUCGCGAAAUGUUGAAGUAGUUCGAUUUACAAUUAUCCCUGGCAGAGCUGAAUUUCAAUUGACAUGCCCUCCCAACAAGGAUACUGUAACUUACUUUUCGGAUAAUGCUUACAAGAAAAGUUAUCGGUUUGUAUUAUUAUUCUCAAGUGUUGGGAUAAUGCUAUUCCAUGAUGAAUAUUUGAAUUCCAAAACGGAUCAGUGUAUUAAUCGAAUUACCGAUAUUACCAAAUUCCGACAGUCUGUAAUUGAAGCAAAAGGAUUUGAAUCGACGGUGGAAAUACGAUCCGAAACAUCUCGAAUUCCUAGCAGUUGGCAUAUUAUAGAACCAAUUCCAAUGGGUCACGGAAUAGCUAUAGAAUAUUUCCGGCAUGGUAAAAGCAUAAUAACAAUUCGAUUAGGGGACAAGAACGGAAUAACAGCACUUGCUCUAAUCUUAGACUACACAAAAGGCGUGCUUUACACAAAACGUGACAGAUUAGACGACGAAAACGUAGUAUGCGUUAAUUUUGGAAGUAGCGUACAAUUUAUUUCAACAAUGUUGGGCAGAAUUGAAAUUAUCAUUCUCCCCUAUCAUUAUAAGAUUGAUAUGCUAACUGCCGAUCGUUCAAAGACAAGUAAUUCGCGAGGGUGCUUGGUUUCUGGUCAUCACUUAUCACCGUAUGAUAUUGGGCAAACUAUUCUUGAUUCAACAAGUAAAAAUACAGUAUUUUAUUAUUAUUACGUAUACGAGCCGUGA